AUGUCAGAUCCCGAGCUCGCAGCUAAAGAAGCCUACUUCCAGGCACAUGCCCUAUUGGAUCUCUCAGAUGAUGAAUCAGAUGCCCCAAAUGAAAGCGUACGCAAUCUUGAACGUGCGCUGGAAGAUUCGAAACCCAAAUCACCACCCCCGCUGCUGAAGCACACGAGUAGUUUUCUUGGACCAACCCCUAAAGAGAGACAAAUCGAAUUCGAGGGGCACACAAAGAAACGGCGAGUUUCUGAGCGACAACUGACACAAAAGGCGACUCGAUCAUUGACGGCGCCUGAACCAGAGCCCUCGGAGAGCCUCCAAACUACCAGACCACCGAAUGGCGCUGUUGCAAGGACAAAUAGCAGCAAAAGUCGAAUGAAGAGAACUAUAUCCCUGACCCAACUACUUGGCAAGGAAGAUACACUGUUUUACAAGCGGGUAGGGGCCAUUCCUCGCGAGCUCAGACACGGGAAAAAUGCGAAGCCUGCCAACAACAUCAAGCUGGAACCUGAACAUAAACAGUUGCUCAAGGACAAAAUAAUCUACUUCUACCCAAACGACGAUAUCUCCAUGGCGCGGCGACGACGCAUACAUAAAGUAAUCCAACUUGGUGCUGCUUGGGCAAACGUAUGGAGUGACAGUGUCACACAUAUCAUGUUGGAUGAUGACACGUACACAUGUUCUCAGUUGAUGCGGCAUUUGAGUAAGCCGAUACCUACUAACGUCGUUUUGGUCAAAUUUGAUCCAUACGUACCGCAAUGCAUCAUGCGCGGAGAGCUCUUGGAUCCUGGUGCUUCCUACUUCAUUGUGAAGGGUGACGACAGGAUAAACAAAGUUGCCCAAACCCCAGAGCCUGCUCUUGCAGCCACUCCGGUGCAGAGUUCGCCACAUAUAAGACCCUCGAAAAGACAAAUGGUUACUCGGGGAUCACAGAAGACCGACUCGUAUGCCACGGAAGAAAGCGUGCCGUCCACCCAUCCGGUGAUAGAUGCAGCACCUUCCAGUCCUCUUGAAGAUAUUGUAGAGGAUAGCUUCAUUAUGCCUUCUGCAGGAGAUAAUAGAAUUCCGGAACCGCAAACUACAGAUCAUUUCGGCGAUGCUCUUUCUCAAGCUAUCCAAGAGACUAGAGCUCUCGCGCAUCUGCCUCUCGAUGACGAUGACGAUGGCGAUGCAGAAACGCCCGAGUCAAGCGAUGUGGAAAGUGUGAAGGAGGUGGAUAACGUCGAAGAAUCAUUGAUAAUGGAUCCGAGGCUACUCGCGCAGCACAAUAUUGUCUCGAAAGCAUCGGCUUUACGCAACAAGAAGCCCCUCAACAUGAACGCCUUCCAAUGCAUGAACCCAAGCAUCAGUGGCAAUACUUCACAUAACCCAAACGCCCGAACGAUUCAGAUUUUAGACGAGAUGUGCAAGCACUACGAUAGAAUGCAAGACCAAUGGCGAACCAUGAGCUACCGCAAGUGCAUUGCCACGCUGAAGAAACAAAACGUCAAGAUCACCACUGCAAAACAAGCCGCAGGGCUACCUUUUAUUGGCCCCCGCCUUGCUGCCAAAAUCGAGGAGAUUGUGCUUACAGAUCGUCUUCGCAGACUCGACAGUACACGCACCGAGCCUCUAGACGUAGUCCUACAUCUCUUUACAGGCGUCUACGGCGCCGGACUCGUCCAAGCCAACAAAUGGAUGCAAGCCGGGUACCGCACACUCGAAGAUGUCAAGGCCAAGGCCAAACUCUCAGAAAGCCAAAGACUCGGUAUUGAGCACUACGCCGACUUCAACUCGCGCAUUCCACGCGCCGAAGUCGAAGCCCACGCCGCCAUUGUCGCCGCCGCACUCCAGAAGAUCGACCCGAAAUUCAGCACUACGAUAAUGGGCAGUUACCGGCGCGGCGCACAGGAUUCAGGCGACAUCGACUUGAUCCUGACACGGCCCAACACGUCACUCAGUGCCAUGCGCACUGUAGUCUUCGAAGUGCUGAUCCCGCACCUGUACGAACUCGACUUCCUCAAAGCCUCGCUAGCCACACGGCGCAGCAACGACUCGAGCGGCUCGAAAUGGCUCGGCGCCUCGUGUCUGCCUGGCUCGAGUGUGUGGCGCCGAAUCGAUUUCCUGCUGGUCCCCGAAGACGAAAUGGGUGCCGCGCUGCUGUAUUUCACCGGCAACGACAUUUUCAAUCGCAGCAUGAGGCUGCUGGCGCGCACGAAGGGUAUGCGGUUGAACCAGAAGGGGCUGUACACGGAUGUGCAGAGGGGUCGGCGCGCUGAGAAGCUGAAUGAGGGUGUGUUGGUUGAGGGUCGGUGUGAGAAGCGCAUCUUCGACAUCCUCGGGGUGCCGUGGAAGGAGCCGCAUGAGCGUGCUUGCUAG